AUGGACAACUCCAACACCUGGGAAGAGAUUGUCUCUCAAAAGACUCAACUGCGAGACCAGGCUCUGCAAGAUUAUCUGGUUAAGGAUUUAGAUCAGCGUCUCCCAUCUGCCCAUAACGUGGAUAGACGUUCUCGUCUUGCUAGCGAUCCCAUCGUCCAGGAAAUCACCGACAUUUCUAGUGUUCCGAAUCUCAUAAAAUUGCUUGGUGAAGGGAAAUAUACAGCUGAAGAUGUUGUUUCGGCAUACAUCAAACGAGCUGUGGUAGCACACCAGCUUACAAAUAGUAUCACAGAGGUGGUCUUCGAAGAAGCACUGCAACAAGCCAGAGAAUUGGAUGCUCGUUUCCGGGAAACAGGGCAGCUGAAGGGCCCAUUACAUGGCAUACCCAUUACCCUCAAGGAUCAGUUCAACAUUAAGGGUGUAGAUUCGACCUUGGGUUAUGUUGGCCGUUGCUUUCAGCCGGCCGGCGAAGAUGCCGUUUUAGUUCAGAUACUCAAGAGCAUGGGUGCUGUUAUUAUUGCCAAAACUAACUUGCCUCAGAGCAUUAUGUGGGCUGAGACUGAGAAUCCUCUUUGGGGACUCACAGUCAAUGCCCGAGACCCCAAAUUCACGUCUGGCGGCUCGACUGGCGGAGAGGCUGCCUUGUUAGCAUUGCAUGGAUCUAUCCUCGGCUUUGGCACGGAUAUUGGAGGAAGUAUCAGGAUUCCUCAGGCUGUAAUGGGUUUAUACGGUUUCAAACCUAGUAGUCAUCGACUCCCAUACUACGGCGUCGCUGUAUCUACAGAAGGCCAGGAGCAUGUUCCUUCCUCCAUUGGCCCAAUGGCACGCGAUCUCGAAACAAUCUGCUACAUCAGCCGCUCACUCGCAGACAGCCGGCCUUGGGAGCUUGACCCGAGGUGUUCACCGAUUCCAUGGAAUGAGAAUGCUUUUCAAGAAAUCCAAUCUCGACCUAUGGUUAUUGGCCUGAUUCUUGAUGACGGCGUUGUAAAGAUACACCCUCCAAUUGAGAGGGCGCUCCUCGCUCUCGUCGCGAAACUGGAAGCACAGGGUCAUGAGGUAGUACAAUGGGACACGUCCGACCACCUGCGAUACAUACAGCUCAUGGACCGUUACUACGGAGUCGAUGGGUUCGAGGAUGUUAUUCGUGACGUCACCCGGGCUGGAGAGCCUUUCAUCCCUCAUGUGAGAUCCUGGAUAUCACGUGCCAACGCCAUUUCAGUCUACCAGUACUGGCAACUCAAUAGGGAGAAAUUUGACCUCCAAAAGAUGUAUUUGAGCAAGUGGAACAGUGCACGCUCAGCUUCCGGAAGGCCGGUUGAUGUGCUUCUGUCGCCGGUGUUGCCGCACGCUGCAGUCCCGCAUCGGGCGCUGCGAUGGGUAGGAUAUACCAAGGUUUGGAAUCUGUUGGAUUAUCCGGCUAUCUCGUUUCCGGUUGAUGAAGUGCGGAGAGGCGUGGAUAGCAUGCCGGAUGUUCCUUAUUCCCCCAGAAAUCAACAAGAUGCAUGGAAUUGGAGUCAAUUUGAUGUUGAUAGUAUGGACGGUCAUCCGAUCAACUUGCAAGUUAUCGGGAAGAGGUUCGAAGAGGAAAAAGUGUUGGGGGCUACUACGCUCAUUGACAACAUUUGGAGAGCUGGAAAUUAG